AUGCAAUUUGCCAAUAGGGCUGACAAAAAAAGAUUGUACUGCGUGAGUAUUGAGUCGUAUGCCUUCUGUCAACAUAUACUGAAACACACAUACAGAGAAAAGUAUAUAGCUCUAUUUCGGGACGCUAUUCAGCCAGAGAAUUUUGGCAUACUGACUGGAACAGCCCGUGAGUUCAAGAAGGCAUACUCGAACGCGACACCAUGUCCAAGUGCUGAAUUGGGGCCAAAUUGCAGGGUCAAGCAGUAUGUCGAGUUCCAGACCCAUGUUCAUCAAGAGUGCCGUGCAUUGACAAAUCGACAACUUUUAGUGUAUUGUAAGUAUAACUAG